AUGAUGUUCCCACCAGAAUGGGACACAGAUGCCAAUCUUGGAGAGGAGAAGGGUCAUAUUUUGCCUCCAUCUGUUAUGAAGUUCUCCCCAAUCCAUGUAGAGAUUCCAACACUCGACCUUCAUGAGGAUAAGAAAUUGAUCUCAGCAUUAUCAGUAGAUACAAACGAUGAGAAAUGUUCCAACAGUGUUGAGUCAGCGCCAGUGGAUUAUGGCCAGGCUUGCUCUGGUAGCCCUGAAGAGAACAUCAGCACCAUUAACAUCGCAUCACGUGUCGAGCAUGCCUUGGAUGAGGUGUUUAAAUUACAUCCAAUCACAAACAACCCAUCACCGUUAUCCCCCUACAAUCAGGUUACUACGAGCAGGUCAUACAAGAGUGUUACUGGUACCAGUUCCUCAAAAGAACGCAACCGUGCAAACCGAGAUUCGGGAUAUCAGGCUUUUCAAGGCUUAACAAAGAGCACAGAAGGACAGUGGAGCACGAGCGUCAGUACUGAACAAGCACUUAAUGCAUGUGGAGCUUUGAAAUUCCCCCAGAGCACCGGCCAAGAUCCCACAUCUGUGCAGCAAAGUUCUUUGGCCACUUCUUUGCAUUUCUCACCCGUUAUUCAAAUAGACAGUUCAUAUCAGUGUGUUUAACUGUGCUCAUAAAACAAAUGACAAGUACAUGCCUGAAACAUUGAAUUCAUUUUUGCAUGUAAUGUCAACAAUUACAAUGAAUCAUUCAUUUGAAAAUAUGACCAGUAUUAAGAACCAUGCCAACUUUGUCCAUUGUUUGUUUAGACUCAGAGCCAAUGCCUUGAAAUUAGGUUGUGCCAGCUAUUUCUACAGUAAGAUGUUGAAAAGUGCCUUAAAAGGAUACCCCACCCAUUGAAAUUAUCAUGCCAUCCCAAAUGACUUUAUUUCUUCUGUGAAAUGCAAACAAAGCUUUUUAGAGGAAUAAUCCAUCUCAGUGAGUCUAUAUAAUGCAAGUUUAUCUUAGUAAGUGAUGAGAGAAUAUUCUUUUUUUUUUUUGGUGGAGUGUCACUUUAAAUGCCUGUAGGGAUCAUGUACAGUAACUAUUCUUGUUAUUCAUACUUCUUUAUUACUCUAUUAUGUUACACAAAAUGUCAAAUGUGAAUCUGAGUCAAAUUUGCAAAUGCAAAUUUUAAAGGCGUGAUAACAAGACUUCUUAUUCUGUUUAACUAUGCUGUAAAAACAAAUAAUGGCUAUGUUUACAUUUUUAACUAUUGAUCUCUAUACAGUUGCAAUGAUAAUUUCUUUGAAAAUAUUACCAGUAAUAAGAAACUUUGGAGGAUUCACUCUUUCAACAAAAGGGGUUAUACAGCGACUUACUCUAAUAGUUAUAAAAUACUCUAGGAAGUCAUGUAUUCUUUUUCUUGGCAUUCACAUUUUUAUUAUAUUAUGUGGCAUUUGCUAAUGUCAUUAUUACAGGUCUAUGGCUUCAUUACAGGGUCUGUACUUGCUGUCUCAGUCUGUAAAUUGAACUUGUAUUUUUCAAUAGGAUGUUUCAACACAAAGAAAAAAAAGAUGUUUGUAUAUAGGAUGCAUUUAGAUGUAGAUGACACUAUGUUUUUUUCUUUGUUUUGCUAUCAUCAACAGGACAAUGGCUUACUCUUCAAAAACUCCUCUCAUCUCGGUCAGUUCAUAGACAGUUAGUCUCAGCCUGUGUACAGUAACUGUGUUGUCAAACAGAUGAUUGGUAUGUGUGUGAAACAUUUCAUUAUUUUUGUAUGUAAUCUCUAGUUGUUCCACUACUAUGGCAUUCUUACAAAAACUAAAGCGCUUCUCAAUUAAGAGCAAUGUAAAUAGCUACAGCCUUUGUUUCUACAUUUCUAAAAUAAAACCUCAGAAUGUUGAAAUAGAGUCCGAGUCCUUCGGGGGAAUUUCGAACAGGUUUUCACAGGGCUUUUGUUUUAUGCUG